AUGAGCCGGCGCGAUCGCGACCCCCGGGCGUCGCCGCCCCUCGCCGUGGCCCCGGGCCGGCUGGCGGCGGCGGCGGCAGCGCGGAGCGCGGAGCGGGAGGAGCUGGCGGCGCUGAACGAUCGUUUCGCCGCUUUCCUGGAGCGGGUGCGGGCGCUGGAGCGGCAGAACGGGACCCUCCGCGCCGCCCUGGGCCGCGCCGCCGCCGCCGCCACCGGGCCCCGCACCGGGCUGGUGCAGGGGGAGCUGCGGGGGCUGCGGGAGCGGCUGGAGCGCCUCGGCCGCGACCGGGACCGGCUCCAGGCCGAGCGGGACGGGCUCGCCACCGACCUGGUGGCCCUGCGGCAGCGGCUGGAAGAUGAGACACACAAGCGUGAGGACGCAGAGAAGAGCCUGGUGCUGUUCCGCAAGGACCUGGACCACGCCAUGCUGUCCCGCCUGGAGCUGGAGCGCAAGGUCGAGCUGCUCAUGGACGAGAUCGGCUUCCUCAAGAAGCUGCACGAGGAGGAGCUGCGGGACCUGGAGGUGAGCGCCCCGAGCCCGGCGGCGCCGCUGGAGGUGGAGGUUUGCAAACCCGAGCUGACGGCCGCGCUGCGCGAGAUCCGCACCCAGUACGAGAGCAUCGCCGUCAAGAACCUGCAGGAGGCCGAGGAGUGGUACAAGUCCAAGUUCGCCGACCUCUCGGACGCGGCCAACCGCAACCACGAGGCCCUGCGCCUGGCCAAGCAGGAGAUGAACGAGUCCCGGCGGCAGAUCCAGAGCCUGACCUGCGAGGUGGAUGGGCUGAAGGGCAUGAACGAGGCGCUGCAGCGGCAGAUGCGGGAGAUGGAGGAUGAGUUCGGGGAGGAGAUCGGGAACUACCAGGACGUGGUGGGGCGGCUGGAGCAGGAGAUCCAGCAGAUGAAGGAGGAGAUGGCGCGGCACCUGCGCGAGUACCAGGACCUGCUCAAUGUCAAGAUGGCCCUGGACAUCGAGAUCGCCACGUACCGCAAGCUGCUGGAGGGCGAGGAGAGCCGGAUCACCGUCCCCCUGCACCCCACCACCUCCUUCAGCGUGAGAAGCUCAGUGCUGGAGCCCCAGCCCGCGGAGAUCCCGGCACGGAGGAUGGUGCUCAUCAAAACCAUCGAGACACGGGACGGGCAGCAGGUGGUGACAGAGUCGCACAAGGAGCGAGCAGGGAAGUGACGGAGGGGACCUGCCGGGGGGGGC